AUGAAGCAAUUGAAUAUGGAUAUGACAUCAACAGGUGAGAAAAGGUUGCUGCAGUUGAAUGAAUUGGAGGAAUUUCGCAACGAAGCUUAUGAGAAUGCCAAGAUCUAUAAGGAGCGCACUAAGGCAUGGCAUGAUAAGAAUCUUAUUCGGAAAGAGUUUCAGCUAGGGAAACAAGUAUUAUUAUUCAAUUCAAGGUUGAAGCUAUUCCCAAGUAAGCUUAAGUCAAGGUGGUCAGGACCAUUCACAGUAGUCAAAGUGUUUCCUUAUGAAGCGGUGGAAGUCAAUAGCAAAAAUAUGGGGAAUUUUAAAGUUAAUGGACAGCGGUUAAAGCUCUAA